UCGCUUCUCGCGAGGGACGGGCGGCAACAAGGGGGAAAAUGUAGAAGGGGAAAGCCGUGUCUCCGUACCUCGUCGACCAGCAAAUCGUGUGUCAGACUCGUGGCAGAGGGGUCAGUGCGAGGGAAAGAACGACGAACGGUUUAACAUUGGGCUUGGCGGGUGAACGAGUUAUUGGAGGUGAUUAAUUAAAAUUAUUAUAAUACGAGGAUGAACGACAUGGAGGCUUAUGGUGACGGCUACAUGGAGCCUGAGGAGGAGUGGGAACGCGAGGGUCUACUCGAUCCAGCAUGGGAGAAACAACAGAAAAAAACAUUCACAGCAUGGUGCAACUCGCACCUGCGAAAAGCAGGAACUGCCAUAGAAUCGAUCGAGGACGACUUCAGGAAUGGUCUAAAACUUAUGCUACUCCUGGAGGUGAUAUCCGGUGAAACCCUGCCAAGGCCAGAUCGUGGCAAGAUGCGUUUUCACAAAAUUGCGAAUGUAAAUAAAGCGCUGGAUUACAUCGCCAGCAAAGGAGUCAAAUUGGUCUCCAUUGGAGCAGAAGAAAUCGUCGAUGGUAAUUUAAAAAUGACUUUGGGAAUGAUCUGGACGAUCAUCCUUCGUUUUGCCAUCCAGGACAUUUCCGUCGAGGAAAUGACUGCCAAAGAGGGUCUACUACUCUGGUGUCAGCGUAAAACAGCGCCCUACAAGAACGUCAACGUUCAAAACUUCCACUUGUCCUUCAAGGAUGGUUUGGCAUUCUGCGCUCUCAUUCAUCGUCACCGUCCUGACCUCAUUGAUUAUAACAAACUCAGCAAGGAUAAUCCAUUGGAAAAUCUCAAUACCGCUUUUGAUGUCGCCGAGAAGUACCUUGAUAUCCCACGGAUGUUGGAUCCAGAUGAUUUGAUCAACACACCCAAACCGGACGAAAGAGCGAUCAUGACUUACGUCUCGUGCUACUACCAUGCUUUCCAGGGUGCCCAGCAGGUCAACAUGAGCAACACAGCUAAACCCGAUGAACGAGCUGUUAUGACCUACGUAUCGUCGUACUACCACUGUUUCAGUGGUGCACAAAAGGCUGAAACAGCAGCCAACAGAAUCUGCAAGGUUCUCAAGGUCAACCAGGAGAAUGAGCGUCUCAUGGAGGAGUACGAGCGUCUCGCUUCUGAUCUCCUUGAGUGGAUCCGACGAACAAUGCCCUGGUUGGCAAGCAGACAAACCGACAAUUCCCUCGCUGGAUGUCAGAAGAAGCUCGAGGAAUAUCGUACUUAUCGUCGCAAACACAAACCCCCACGUGUUGAGCAAAAAGCCAAGUUGGAGACCAACUUCAACACCCUCCAAACGAAAUUGCGACUGAGCAAUAGGCCUGCUUACAUGCCUACUGAGGGCAAGAUGGUAUCCGAUAUCAACAAAGCAUGGAAAGGCCUUGAACUAGCAGAGAAGGCGUUUGAGGAGUGGCUGCUGUCUGAGAUGAUGAGACUCGAGCGUCUCGAGCACUUGGCCCAGAAGUUCAAGCACAAGGCCGACGCCCACGAGGACUGGACAGCUGGAAAAGAAGAGAUGCUCACUUCUCAGCACUUCAGGCAGUGUAAGCUCAAUGAGCUUAAGGCAUUGAAGAAAAAACACGAGGCCUUUGAAUCGGAUCUUGCUGCUCAUCAAGACAGAGUUGAACAGAUUGCAGCCAUUGCUCAAGAGCUCAACACUCUUGAAUAUCACGAUAGUGCAUCCGUUAACUCUCGCUGCCAGCGUAUCUGCGAUCAGUGGGAUCGUUUGGGUACAUUGACGCAACGCCGACGUCAAGCCCUGGACGAGGCCGAGCGUAUUCUCGAGAAAAUUGACGUCCUGCAUCUGGAAUUCGCGAAACGCGCUGCACCAUUCAACAACUGGUUAGACGGUACGAGGGAGGACCUAGUGGACAUGUUCAUCGUACACACGAUGGAGGAGAUCCAGGGCCUGAUGGAUGCGCAUGCAGCGUUCAAGGCAACCCUAGGCGAAGCCGACAAAGAAUACAACUCAAUCGUGGGUCUCGUCCGAGAAGUGGAGUCCAUUGUCAAACAAUUCCAGAUUCCCGGAGGUCUUGAAAAUCCCUACACCACCCUAACAGCCCUCGAUCUGACCAAGAAAUGGAGUGACGUUCGACAGUUGGUGCCUCAGCGAGAUGGAACACUCCAAGCAGAGCUCAGAAAACAACAGAACAACGAACUUCUGCGAAGGCAAUUCGCUGAGAAAGCCAAUGCCGUUGGGCCCUGGAUCGAGCGUCAAUUGGAUGCUGUGACAGCCAUUGGUAUGGGAUUACAGGGUACCCUCGAGGACCAACUCCAUCGUCUCAAGGAGUACGAACAGGCUGUCUAUCAGUACAAGGUACACUUGGAGGAGCUCGAGAAAAUUCACCAGGCUGUCCAAGAAGGAAUGAUCUUCGAGAAUCGUUAUACCCAGUAUACCAUGGAGACUCUUCGGGUUGGUUGGGAGCAGCUGCUCACAUCGAUAAAUCGAAAUAUCAACGAAGUUGAAAACCAGAUUCUUACUCGUGACUCCAAGGGAAUCACUCAGGAACAGCUCAACGAGUUCCGCAGCAGCUUCAAUCACUUCGACAAGAAUAGAACAGGCAGACUUGCUCCUGAUGAAUUCAAGUCGUGUCUAGUGUCUCUAGGAUACUCCAUUGGAAAAGAUAGACAAGGGGAUAUUGACUUCCAGCGAAUUCUGGCUAUCGUCGAUCCCAAUAGCUCUGGAUACGUCCAAUUUGACGCUUUCCUAGAUUUCAUGACUCGUGAAUCCACUGACACAGACACUGCUGAACAAGUUAUCGACAGUUUCCGCAUUCUUGCUGGCGAUAAACCAUACAUUCUAGCUGAUGAAUUAAGACGAGAACUGCCACCUGAUCAGGCUGAGUACUGUAUUCAGAGAAUGCCACCUUACAAGGGACCCAAUGCACAACCUGGUGCUCUCGAUUAUCGUUCUUUCUCAACUGCUCUUUAUGGCGAAUCUGAUCUCUAAGGGUUUUUUUUUUCAAAUGGGGGGAAUGGGCUUCUCUUAGAUACGACUGGGGACAUGAGGAUUAACUAUGUUGGGUGAAUCAUUCAGUGGAUGAAUAAUUUCCCUUGAAAUAGCUACAUCGUUCAGAUACUGGACGAUUCACUUCGACUUACGACACGACAGAUUUUUUAAAAAUGGCUUCCAGAUUGAAAUAUUUAACAAAAACAUUAACGAAACAUAUACGUACGAGUUUUAGUCAAUAUAGCGAGUGCUAUUGGUAAUGGAGUACUGAAUUUGCCAUAUCUAUCAGCCAAAUAUAUAUAUUUUUCAAAAAUUGGCAGUUAACUGAUCCUUCCUCGGGUUUUUCCGAGAUUUCAAAUUAUUUUCAAAGUAUUUUAUACUUUAAUAUCAUUCGUAAAUCGAGUCUUCAUGGACUGUAACCGAAUAAUUGUGGAAUCAAAAUUAAAACGAGUGGACUAUUGGGUGGAAUGACACGAGAACACCCCAUACUCGAGUGAAAUGAUGCCUAUUUUUUUACGACCUAAUAAAAAAAAAAUACGUACGGCUGUUAGAAACCUAAAACAAACGACUAGAUAAGCCGUGCAACACAAAUGUAUUUUGUAAAACUUAUACACCGAAUGCAAUCUGAGGAUGGCGCGUUGCAAUGCGCGUCAGUGAGAGAAAUUUGCAAACUGAUAAAAGAAGAGAUGAACAAAAGGGAGAUGGAAGAAUCAAUUUUAUUUAUUUAUUUGAUUUAUUUAUUUAUCGUGGGGACAUGAUAACGACAGCCCUCGAUUAUCAGUUGCCACGAGGAAGAAACAUUUUUUUUCUCAAGGUAUUUAUUUUUAUAAAUAUUUUUGAAGCGAUGGGCUUUUGAUAUUUACCAGAGCCGUAAACUGUAAUAACGAAAAAGAAAACCAAUCAUUGGUUGGAGGAGUAAUAGAUUAUUUCAACAAUUGUACAUCUGUUGUUGCCUGUGAGCGAUAAAAAAAAAAUGAGAGAAAAAGCUGAUGAAUUCAGGAGAAUCGAUAAUUGCUGGGUAACCGAUCAUUUUUAGUUUGAAAUAAUUUUCAAAAUGACUAUAACUGUUUAUUUUUGUUUGGCUUGAGGCUUCAAUGCUUUGUACUAUAAUUUCUUUAUUUUGAGUUUAAUCAUUAUCCGAUGUCACACGAUCAUUACACCAUUCAGUCUUUUCUCUUUUCCAGUAAAUUUCCAACAAUUUAAUUAAAAUGAAGGGUUAACAGGGGAAAAAGAGAAUGAAAAUGUGCUCACGUGUCACCCACACUUCGCAUACCGCCACGCACAAUUGCAUUACUGUCAUUUUCCUUAUUUUACAAUAUACUUUAAUUGUAAUUAUAUUUAAAGAAACACGAAAUAUAUAAUUAUAUAUAUAUUAAUUAAUUUAAAGAGUAUACCGGAAGUCAGAUUUAUGUCGAUAACGGCGAAUCAAUUAAUUUCAUUAAACUUCAAGAGUGGAGUGUAAAUCAGCGUUGAAUACUGAAUUUAUGAGUUAAAAAUGUACUUUGAAAAAAGUAAAAGAUGAGAGAAAUGUCGAUGAAAUAAAGGAGAGAAAAACAGAGGGUUUUGAGAAA